ACAACCAAACCAAUCAAACAAAUUAUCUUUCAUCAUUUGCACAAUCAAAAUUCGAUUUAAUAUAUAUUAACCACAUUUUAUGGGAUUACUAGCCACUAAAGCAAGAACCGCGACAAUGGCAAGUUCAGCUGAAAUAAAACAAUUCAUCAAGGACGCUGUUUCUAAAGACAAAGUAGUGGUAUUUUCAAAAUCUUAUUGUCCCUAUUGUACGUUGGCGAAAGAUGUUUUCGCCAAAGUGAAGCAACCGAUAACAGUAAUUGAACUAAACGAGCGUGAUGACGGCAGUGUUAUCCAGGAAAACCUGGCAGAAUUAACCGGGUUCCGAACCGUGCCACAAGUGUUCAUCAAUGGAAACUGUGUGGGUGGUGGUUCUGAUGUCAAGGCUCUGCUCGAUUCAGGAAAACUCGAACCAAUGUUGAUUGGUUAAAUUAUAUUAAUAAAGUACAAAAAUGCAAAAGUUAUAAGAAAAUAUUUGUUUAAAUAACAUCACAAUUUUAUUUUCAUCU